AUCUAUCAUUACAUCAUAGACUUGGUAACUUUGAUGACAGAUUUUUAUUGCUUUUGAGUAUAGAUAGAAAUUAGGGGAAAUCUAUACAAUGAAACAGAAUGAAUUACACAAAGGAACUUGAUCAUUCUUUCAAAAUUUUCUUUCUUCUGAUGGAAUUUGGUACUAAAGUACUAAGAAAGAAACUGGAAAAUGAGCUUUCAAAACUUACGACAACAUUUCAGGAUAUGUUGAACGUUUACUGCCAUGACUUGAUACAUCUUUACAAACUUAAACACUGUUGUGCAUGCACUUCUUACCCUACCAGACGAAAAUCUGUUUUCACCUACAAACAACUAAUGAUGCUUUUCCUGGAAGACAGAAACCAGACCUGUACAAGACCGAACGAAGACAGAGACCAGUUCUGCAUUUGUGUUUUCAAGAGGAAAUCAGAUAUAGCUGUACUAGAUUUGGAUAUAACAUUACUUUCAUGUUUUCUUAUUAAUAUUAUAAAACUGGAUGAAACCGAUAAAAUACUGGUUGAGAAGUUGAGAGACGAAAGAAAUGGCGUGCUUCAUGGAAAUCUGACAACGUUGCCGACAGAAGAGUUUGAGAGAAGAUUUCAGAAAAUCACACAUAUCAUCAAUGAAAUUGCGAAAAGGUUUGACAAAGAGUUAUUCGAAACACUUUGGCAUCAGAUGCUGGAGCUUGGAAGUUCAAAAUGGUCACUACAACGCUUACCAACCGCGAAGGAAUUGGAUGUAAAGAGUUGGCAUGCGCGAGAUGCACAGACCAGCACAGAAACGAGAGAGACCAGGAAUGUCGAGCUCCAUGAGUACCUGAGAAAUAUCAACUUAGAAGAUCUACGAGAAUUUCCAGACCAAGUACGGAAAAAAUUGAAAGGUAUCCUGCAUCAGGUAGACCCAACACAAGAGGCGCUUACACGAAAAGAAAUAGUUAUAUCGCCAACCUUGACAUCUGGUUUGCGGUCGGAAAUAGAAUUUACCAAUAUGACAUUGGAACAGCACGUUUCUCCAGAAAACGUCUUCCAUGCAACUCAACAAUUACAGGAUUCCUUUCACGUUUUUUACACAAAACAUGUGCUUGUGCUAUGUGGGAUAGCCGGAAGUGGAAAGACAACCAUUGCGUAUGAAGUUAUGUAUCACAGGCGCGAAGAAUAUACACCAAUCAUACUUUCAAACCCUGAUCAGCUGAAAUUCGUCAGUCCUUCAGAUAAAGUAUUGAUCUUUCUCGAUGACAUUUUAGGCCGGUCUGCAUACUCCCGUGAAAACGCACUGAAAUGGUACUCUAUGUUCAAAACUAUGCAUACAUUAUCUCGGCAAAGUAGAUCACGUUUUGUACUGGCUUUUCGCGAGAACGUCUACGAAGAUUUUCGCCAAGACAUGGACGUGUUUCACAACAUGCUGUUUAGUGACGACCACCUUGUAAAUGUUUCAUGUAUGUCGCUGCUGGAGAAGGAAGCAAUGCUGGAGAAAUAUUGCUGUGAAAAUGGAGUGUCAAUACAUUAUGGAAAUGUGGACGAUUCUACAAAGAAUUCCUCAAGAUGCCUGGAUAAGAAAACUUUCAAUCAAAUUUGUAUCACUGAGCCACUGACAGGUUUUCCCCAAAGUUGCUUUCUUUUUUUCUCCAAUGAAAACUUUUUUAAACUAGGACAAGAGUUCUUCAGACGGCCUGACAAAUCGCUUAUUUCAAAAGUUGACAAAUUGAGAAAGUCUGGAGAUAAGCAUUGCCGAUUACAGUACGCCGUCCUUGUGUAUAUGAUGUUGGUCGACGAAACUAUGGAUCUCACUUCAGUGGCCGAGUGUCCAAACUUCCAACAAAUUACUAUUGACCUCGACCUGAAAUCUGCCACGUAUAGCGAGCUUCUUGACUGCGUGGAGGAUGACACAGUGCGAAGUUUACUACGAGUACAUGACCAAAACACAGUUACAUUUCGUCAUCAGACGGUCAACGAAGCGGUAUUUAUAUCGUUCAGCGUGCAUUUCCCUGACAAGAUUUUUCAGAGCUGCAAACUUCAGUUCAUCAAGGACUUCUUAAGGAGUAGGACAUAUGAACGGAAAAAGGGCGAAGUAGUCGUAACGAUUCAGGAACGCUGCUUCACCACACUUUCCUAUAGACUCAUUGACGAAGUUCUUCGCAAAAACAACUAUCAACAGUGUAUGCAGUUACAGGUGUUUGAGGACAGUGGCUUCACCAAGAAUUUUGUCGAUUCUCUUCAAACCGAAUUAAAGAAUGCGACUGAUUUAAACGAAGUCAUUAUGAAAUUGCUUCUUUGUUCAAGUGAGCAAGGAAAACACGAGUUGCUGUCCGAACUUCUUCAGCUGUGUGAUGUCUUCGAUGAUGAUUAUUGCGGUUCAAACACGAACACGACCAACAAGGUAAAUAUUUCAAUGACGUAUUACAGGGAGGAAAUACUCUCAACAGCAAUCAGGAAAGGUCACGUCAAAACAAUAUCAAGUAUUGUUAAGAAAGAGAGAAAAGUUCUCUAUCGGUCGAAAUGUGGUCUUUUACCGAUACACACUGCGAUAUGGACAGGUAUCCGACCAGUAUGUGACGUCUUAUGGAAUGAAUACGGCAACGAAAUUAUAUGUACUUCUUCGUUCAAUGACACGUCCGGAAGACGAUGUAUCCACUACUGUGCAAUGCGAGGCUAUAUCGACAAAAUUCGUGAAAUAAAGGCACAUGGUGUGGAGUUUGUGUUGGCAAAGGAUGCCCGGAAUCUGUCUGCAUUACACUAUGCUGCUCAUGGCGGUCAGUACCAAAUUUUCCACGAGCUUAUCAAGUACGGCCUUUGUAUUACAGAAAGGACUAAAGAUAACGAUUCUGUCCUUCAGGUGUUGUUGAAGUCAUUGGACUAUGACGAACGAUGCAACAUUGUACCUCCAUUACCACAGGACAUAAUGAAGGCUAUAUCAGCCGAGAACAGUGUUCUAUGGAACAAUGAUUACUAUAAAACUCUAGAAUGCAUUCUGGAAAUGGAUGCUGCAGAUCCGAAUGACCUUGACGUUAUUAUUAACACGACCCAUUCCUACAACGUAGCCCAUUAUGCAUGCAUAGAUGACGCUUGUUCUGUAGUUUCACUUCUUUUGAGCAAAAGGCGUGUCCUAUUUUUGCAAAGAAAUUGCACUAAUUUACCAAUGACUUGGGACAUUGCUGCCUUUCUUGGGAGGUUUUCCAUUCUCAAAACAUUUUUAGAAUAUAGUUUGGUUCCUGACACAGACAGGGCUAAUCUCCUUCCCACAGCAAAGAAGGGCCGAAAACAGGCAGAGAUUAUCAGGUUUAAGGACAGGCGACUUCUGUUAAAUCGAUAUGAAAGAGAAAAGAUAUGGCCAGGCUGUUGCUUCCCAUUCGUAAUAUUUGGUCAAGAGAGUGACUAUGAUGACAUCGAGAAAUUGCUGAUGUAAUUAGUUUAAGGGAAAUAAUAGAACUGCAUGAUUGCCUCAUUAAGAAUUAACAUUUGGCAAUACUGUUAAAAUGAUGAUUAACGGGAUCACUUUGUCGACCAAAUAAACAUCCUAAUAAUAUUCAUCAACCUGCAUCUUUUGAACCUUUGUGUUACGAGUUUGUCAGUCAGAUGACGACUUCUUGCAAUAUGAUAAUGGAAAUAGGACCUUGAAUUUGGAAUCGACAGGUUGAAGAUGCAAGGGUAUUAUCACGUUUUUCAUACAGCUUGAUGAAGAGCUGUCCAUGUUGAUUUCGUUGUAGGAUGUUUGUGUGUCAAAAUCAGUUAGAAAGUGUAUGUGUGACCUUUUCUUGACUGGUACUCCGAUCAGAAAAGUGAUUGUAUAAUAUCUAUCAUUAAUAUUCUACCUGGUUGUGAUGUAUGACUGUCUUCUCAAUAUAUACCUACCAAGCCGAAGAAACCGUUUCACAGUAACAUUUGGACAUAAUGUUGUCCGUUCAUUUUAAAACAAUAUAUUUUAACUACUUAUAUAAAUAAACAAAUCAGUAAACAAAAUUUAUAUCGACAAGCUAAGCACGUAUUCAAAUCGUACUACGUUAACAAACUUCAGUACUACACUGAUACUGGAUCACGAACGUCUCUCAUGAAUGUUUUACAAUUUUUUAUCCAUAUAAUAUCAGCUGGCCAUUGGUUCGAAUAGGUAACGUCUAACUUCAUAGUUUUCAUAGGAUCAUACGCAGUAUAAUUCCUUUUUUUGAAAAAGUCUAAUAUGUCUUUCCCACUCAAAGAAUUUUUAUGAUAAUUCCAUUCCAUCAAUACUGCCGGUACCUUAACUCGAUCGAAAAAGCAUUGUCCGCCAUUCAAAACUUUGUUCUCAUAACCUUCAACAUCCAUUUUUAUAAUGAUCUUUUUGAAAUCGAUUCCAGGAAGUUGUAAGAUAUCGUCAAGCCUGGAAGUCCAAACGAUAUCUUGAUAUUUUCCCGUCACCAAAGUUGACUUGGCUUUCUUGGCGUUUUUACCCUGUAGGACAAAGGAUCCGCCGACAUUGUUAACAACGAUUCCAAGAUUGACUUUCUGCAAAAUAUUUGAUAGUGCACCUCGUACUAUUGUUACAUUUUUCGUGAAGUUCCCGGCAUGAAUAGAAGAACAUAUCCUCUGUACGUUUAUUUUAAGAGGCUCGACAGCUAUGACCUUGAACCCAAGCUUUGCUGCAGUUAGUGUAUACACUCCGAUGUUGGCGCCAAUAUCCAGAAGAGCAGCAUCUGCUUCUGCCUGUAAAAUUUUGCUGAUCAGUUCCGUGGUGUUCUGUUCCCAUGUUUCAACCCUUGUCAGAGCGGCACUUACCCAAGUAUCCUUCCUAGGAUCAUGAAUAUAGAUAUCAACUGGACCGGCUUUAGUUCUUAACUUGGCAGAUCUGAAUACAGGUACGCUACAGCAGAUUGGCUGGUCGAGUGUCCAACUGCCAUUGAGUGACUGUUUAGUGUACACUGUAACAUUCAUUCGAGUGUAAGAAUGGAAGAAAUCGCCUCUGCGCUGUUGAUGCUUUUUCGGAGUUUGUAAACCAA